AUGUACGAUUACGAAGAGGAGGACGUGUUGGCUAUUAAAGGCGAACUAUGGAUGUGUGCGGAUAGUGAAAAACCAUAUAAGGUUGGUGCUGGUAGAGGAUCUAAAAACCUUAUUGGUAUUGAAGAUGAUCGUUUUUAUGUUUAUUCCACUCGAAGUACCCAAUCACGAUUAAUAAAAGAAGUGGCCUUUCGAUCUAUGAAGCGAGUGGCCUGGUUUACACAUCAUCCCAAACCUCCCGCCUCUGGUGGGCCUCUGGAAGCUCCAACAUCUCAACAACAACUCACUCGAGGGAGACGCGGUCCUUCUAACGCCGCAGCAGGAUCAUCUCUUUUACAGUCAACUCCCUAUUAUUAUAUGGUAGUGGAGUUUAUUCGUGAUAACACUAUAGAAGGUAUGGAGAAUUUGGCAAAACGUGAACGUGUGGUGUUGUGUACAGAUGAUGCACAAGAUUUUCAACUCUGGCAACAAUUUGUAGAAACAUACAAAAGUUCUUCUGAACGAACGGAAAUACCGGAAAUUAUUGUAGGGCGUUCAAAGAAGAAGAAAAACCCUACAGUGAAUGAUACGCAUGAUGAUACAACAAGUGAUGAUACGUUGGAUGAAAUAGCGGUAUUAAUGAAUGAAAUACAAACGUGGAGAAAACGAGCGUUGGGAAUUCUUGAUGAAGUUUCACAGGUGGUAGUUUCACCUGAUGAUAAGGAGAAUGAAAUUUUCCCUAAAGGUCAUGUAAAUGAUAGUACUUGGAAAGAGCGGGUAGAUAUAUUAAUGGAUACAUUGAAGGCGAAAUCAGAUAAAAUUCCUAAUUUGGAUGUAAUACCUCACAUAGAUAAAUCAACAGAGUUGUUAGAGUUAUGGAACAUGUUGUAUGAUAGGCACCUCUUUGGAAAAAAUACCCAGGAAGAGGUGGAUGUCUACACAAUAGAACAUCAGCAAGAACGAGUAAAACAAAUAGAUGAUCUUUUAAUGAAAUUAGAAUUAAAAACAUCCAAACAUGUUGAGGAUAAACCAUUUAAAGAUAAUACUUAUCUUGCUCAGGAUGUAGAGAACCUACAUGCAACAUGUUUAGGCAUAGUGAGUGAUUACGAAACUAAAAUGGGAAAAAUAGAGAAUAUAAAUAAAAGUGAUGAUAAUAAUAAUAAUAAUACUUUUAGUUUUGGUACUGGUAGUAAAUCCAAGUAUGAUAAAGAUAUGAAAUUAUCUCAAAAGAUAGAAUAUAUCUAUCAUACCUUAGAAAGUCAGGUAUCAGAAUCUGAAAGCGAAGAUCCAACAGAAGAUAUGUUAGCCAAACUUCGUGCAGCUAGACGUUCAUUAGGUGUAGGAUCUGCAGGAGCACAGGUAGUAGUACAACAGGAACGUCACGUAAAGAAUAUGGAAAGACUAGCAAAAGAUACUAUGUUAGCCUAUAGUGAAGUGACGGUUACUCUCUUAAAGAGUUGUUAUGAGGAAUAUGCAUCUGUGCUGGAUCAUCUUCUCUCUGCUGUGCGUGGUAAUGGUGCGGGAGGUGAAAAGAUUGUUAUUACUUCUGCACACUUUGAAGUGGUAGAGGCAUUAGAAGAGGAAAAACGUGCGGCAAAGGUAAAACAGGAGGCAUUAGAAAACCUUAUGGAAGAAUUAGAACGUGUAAGGCGUGAACGAGAUGAGGAAAUUGGGGUAUUAGAACAUAAUUUUGCAAGAGCAAAGGAAGGUUGGGAAAAUGAUCUUGCGGUAUUACGGGCAAAACUCACAACUUUACAAAAUUCCAUGUCACGUACAGCUGUUGUAGUGCCUGCAGAGAAUACGGUAUUAGUUUCCCCACGAGAAGAAUUAUAUGGUAAUAGUGAGGAAGAAACACCGGCGGCAGCAUCUUCAUCCCUUAUGAGUGCAGAUACUGCUGAUAAUGGGGAUAAUGAUGAUUCUAUCACUAGAUGGGCCACUAGACUUACAUGUACGGGUGGAGAAUUACGACCGAGUAUUGUUGCUCUUAGACUCCAACGUUUCUUCUUUUGGUCUUUACGAAAUGUUGUACCUCUUUGCGCUGGACGCGAUACAAAUUGUAUAUUGGAACUUGUCAUGUGGGCUAUGCGAAAUCAUAUGGAACUUCUCCAAACUGCGGCACGUGUAUUUGGAAGUUAUGCAGUAGGAGGUGAAAAUAGUAAUAACGAUGAAAAGGCAACAGAUUUAUGCAGCGCUCUGCAAGCACUACAUGAUAACCACGUAAGACUACAAAAACUUGUAGAACUCUACGGUGAUAUCUCAUGUGAUGGUCAUGCGAACCGUUAUGCAGAUUUCACAAAUGUAGAAAAUAGACUUUAUACACUUCGUAAAAACGAUAUGGUAUUAAAUAAUGUACAUACUAUAUUAGGUACAGACAAUGAUAAUGUAGAGCAUAAACUUCUGCAAUUACUCCAGAAUACUGAAACAUUACAACAUAUUAAAACUGUAACCGGAGAUCACGAUGAUACUGUUGAAUUUAUUAGACGACAAUACGAAGAAUUAAACCAAUUAAAAAAUUCACUUCAAGAAGUAUUAACACAAGACCAAAUCAUGGACGCAACGACAAGUAACCUUCUUAAACUUAUACCCACAAUAACGAAAACUCAAGAAGAUUUAGAAAAUGCACAACAAGAAUUAAUACAAAAGAAAGAACAACUUAAAUUACUUAGUGAACAAUCCAAAAUAGAAAUAGAAGAGUUAAAUAACCGGCUUCACCUGUUAUACGAAUACUUUAACAACCAACCACACCAACAAAACACCACAACCCUUGUUACAGAAGAGACCCUGGCUUCAAUAUUAAAUGUAAGACCACAAGGAAUAACAGAGAAAGUAAAACAGCUUCUACAAGACUUAUCCAUAAGCAACGAACUACUAGGAACCACAGAAGCAAACGAAAACAGUACAUCACAUAGAACUAACAACGAUACGUCGACACGUGCACAGUGCCUGCGUGGUAUCGAAGCUGCUCUGGCCACUCUUGGUGCCACUGAUAGCGACGAGCCCGCAGCGGCAGCCAUUCUCAGAGCU